GGGUGGUAAUUAUCCAUGGGUUCAUCAAUUCAGAUGACCCCUUUUACGCUGAACAAUAUUAUUGAUGUGAAAGUACAUUUGCCACUGAAAGUUUAAUGUUUAUCGGCAGCAAAAUGAAAGAUUAUUACACAUGGUUGUUAUUACCAAAGUACUACACAAACAAUUCAAAAGAAGCGAGGUCUAAAUAAAAAUCUAUCAACAGUACGUCCUUGAAGCGCAACAUCUCAUGUUACUGAGCAAAUUGUUGCGCAUUUCCGACUUAUGUAACUCCCUGUUUCCUCUGUAUCUGCUCCACAGGUUUGAUGAGAGACAGGGGGAGAGUAGGUGGUCCUCCUCAGAGGAUUCUGGAUGUCUGCGGUUGAGUAAUCAAAACAUCCCACCAGCUACUUGACGUCCUACGCAGGGUGACGUCAUCGCGCACGUCUCACCUACGCGCCCCGCGUCCGUUUCCAAUGGCAACCACUACUGUCGCCUGCCGAGGAUGGAUUCCCUCACAGAGAGUGAAAUAGCGCAGAUAACAAGACUCCAGAGAGAUGCAGGCGUGCAGAGGCUCAGCUGUCACUUCUCCUGGCCCGAGUUCUCUGACGAGCGGCGGAGCUUCCACCAGGAGUUUGUGUACGACUUCGCCGCGUUCGCAGCGGACCGCGGCUUCUCCUGGCCCGACGUGAUCCAGGCCGCGGCGAUCGCCAAAGACGUCUUCCCACAGCUGCACGAUCUCGACGUACCAAACCUACUAUUCCUGCUCAGAGAUGUGCUGUGCGAGCGUUUGCAGAAUCUCACUCCCGUCCACCAACACGACUUCGCCCGGCACUUUGUAGAAAACUGCCUCGCGCGCCGGAGGCUUUUCCAGGCGGUGGUAGGUGGAGCCGCUGACACGUCCAUCGUUCAGCUACAGUUGGAGGUGCAGGUGCCGCCCGUACCCUGUCCUCUAGAGCAGGGCAUGGACCUGCAUGAAUGGGAGGCUCUGCAGGAUCGAGCUCGAGUCACGUCCACCUUGCAGCAGAAGGAGCAAGAGCUGAGGCGUCUCCGAGAACGCACACAGGUCACUCUGGGAGACGUGAACAUCCCGGAGGAGUGUCGAGACAAACAGAGAAUUGUGGAGUUGGUUCAGGCGGCAGUGAGGGCUGCAGAAGGCCAUUUACAGGAGAGUCUACAGGACGAGGCGACGCUCAUGAGUGACGUCCUGUUUCUCAAAGUGCAGCUAGCGGCUUUGACCACUGGGGGGCAGCACAGCACCGCUUCCUCCACUACUGGUGAUGACAGCCAACCAUCAGAGAAAGUUACAAGCGGCAAAGCUAAGACAGGAGUAAAGGAGUCUGGGCGUCAUUGAAUAAAAUUUAUUGGAGGUUGCACUCAAAAUGAUCGCUCUUCACAGCUGCAUGGGAGAUCUGGAUGGCGUAAUCUGCAGCGACAGUAACAACAUCUGCUCCUCCUCCAGGCCGGGAGUCAGCGGAGAUGACGCCCGGGUACCU